GCGGCCUGUUCUCUGAUUGCAGUGUAGUAUGAGUCUGCUUGCACAAACGGAUACUUUUUGAUUGAUACUGCAAGAACUGCAACACAAUGUCCAACAUGAUACCUUCAGUUACACUCAACAAUGGAGCAAAGAUGCCCAUUGUGGGUCUCGGAACAUGGAGGGCAGCCCCAGGAAAGGUCACUGAGGCUGUUAAGGUGGCAAUAGGUGCUGGUUACAGGCACAUUGACGGUGCUUACAUGUACAAGAAUGAGGAAGAAGUCGGGGCUGGAAUUAAUGCAAUGAUUGACCAAGGAGUGGUUAAGAGGGAGGACCUCUUUAUUGUCAGUAAGUUGUGGUGCACCUUCCACAUUCCGUCUCUGGUGAGGGGAGCCUGUGAGAAGACGCUCAGGGACCUGAACCUGGACUACCUGGACCUUUACCUCAUGCAUUACCCAAUGGGAGCCAAGGUUUGGACUGUCCUUUCCUUUGGAUUAACAUUGCAACUUCAUGUUUUGACGUUCUCAAAGGCAAUGGAAAAGCUGGUGGAUGCUGGGUUGGUCAAGGCUAUCGGCAUCUCCAACUUCAACAAAGACCAGAUUGAAGCCCUACUCAACAAGCCCGGCCUCAGGUACAAGCCUGCCACCAACCAGAUUGAGUGCCACUCGUAUCUGACCCAAGAGAAGCUGAUAAACUACUGCCACUCAAAGGGCAUCUCAGUGACAGCUUACAGCCCCCUGGGCUCUCCUGACAGACCCCGGGCUUCAUCUGAUGAUCCCUCUCUGCUGGAGGAACCUAAGAUCAAGGCUAUUGCUGACAAGUACAACAAGACUCCAGCGCAGGUUCUCAUCAGGCUCCACAUCCAGAGGAAUGUGAUGGUCGUGGUCAAGUCAACAACGCCCCAUCGGAUCAAGGAAAACAUCCAGUUGUUUGACUUUGAGUUGAGUGAAGACGACAUGAAGACCAUGCUAAGCUUUACCGAGAAGAGAGCAUUCAAACUACAAUGGGCCUCAUCACACAAAGACUACCCACUGAAUGCAGAAUACUAGCUCAUCACACAACAUGCUGCACCGUUUCUGCCUAGCUUCCACUAUUAAGCCCUCUUUAUAUUCAGAAUCUACACACUGUUAUCAAACCACUACCCGGCUAAUGUGAGAGCCUAACAUUAUAUGUUUAGCUUCACCUGAACCAUUUUUAUAUAAUACUUGCUAUUGAAACUAUUAACUCAACACAAUUUCUGAACACGUAGGUUGCGUGAAUAAAGCUUUUUUUUUUUU